AUGCUUAAAACUUUCGGCUUGCAAUAUCUAGACAGAGUUACCCAUACAUACCUUACAGUUUUCGAAAGCUGGAAACUUGCUGAAUUCAUUUCCGGGCACAAAGUUACACAAUUUGCCAAGUGUUCAAGCUCAGUCAGCCUUCAAAGAUUGGCUAGACCUUUUUCAAGAUCAAAUAUCUUGGGCUCUACGCCAAAAGUGCAUGAAAAAAUAUUAAAAUUACUCUGGUUUAAAAUCUGGACAGGAAUGCUAUACUUUCAGUCACAUUUUCAGAAAUUUCAGAAAAAAUUAAACAUAUUUAAAAAAAAAAAAUUUUCGAAAGCUGGAAACUUGCUGAAUUCAUUUCCGGGCACAAAGUUACACAAUUUGCCAAGUGUUCAAGCUCAGUCAGCCUUCAAAGUUUGGAUAGACCUUUUUCAAGGUGACUCACCACACAAAUAUCAAUCUAGCAUAGGUUUUGCAAAGGUCGGAUAUCAUUUUUAUUGUAGUUUGGGCUACAUUUUCGGCCAUGUGCCAGGGAGUCUUUUGUUUUGUGUUACCGAUGCUACAAGCGUGAAUGUCAGUCGGUUAUAA